CGAUGUGAUGUCCAAUCACAGAGCUCGUUGCUCGUUGGUGGCAGAGGGAGAACCGAUGCGCUGGAGAGUCUGCGGCUGCUUAUGCUGAGUGCUCAAUCACAUUUAUACUUGAUCACCGCUAAUUACAAUGAGCUCUAUUGGGACCGGGUAUGAUUUAUCCGCCUCCACCUUCUCACCUGAUGGAAGGGUGUUUCAGGUUGAAUAUGCCAUGAAGGCUGUUGAAAAUAGCAGCACAGCCAUCGGCAUCCGCUGCAAAGAUGGAGUCGUGUUUGGUGUAGAGAAGCUUGUUCUGUCCAAGUUGUAUGAGGAGGGCUCCAAUAAACGCAUCUUCAAUAUCGAUCGGCACGUUGGAAUGGCUGUGGCUGGUCUUCUAGCAGAUGCACGAUCUCUCUCAGAAGUGUCAAGAGAAGAGGCUUCAAACUUCCGCUCCAACUAUGGCCAUGACAUCCCACUGAAGCAUCUUGCAGACAGAGUGGCCAUGUAUGUCCAUGCCUACACAUUAUACAGCGCGGUGAGACCUUUUGGGUGCAGUUUCAUCCUGGGAUCUUAUGAUGAAGAUGAUGGUCCACAGCUCUACAUGGUUGACCCUUCUGGGAUUUCAUACGGUUACUGGGGCUGUGCUAUCGGAAAAGCCAAGCAAGCUGCCAAGACAGAAAUUGAGAAACUACAGAUGAAAGAAAUGACCUGCAGAGAACUGGUGAAGGAAGUGGCAAAAAUUAUCUAUAUUGUUCAUGAUGAGGUGAAAGACAAAGCAUUUGAGCUGGAGCUUAGCUGGGUUGGAGAAGUCACAAAAGGAAGGCAUGAGCUUGUCCCCAAAGACAUCAAAGAGGAGGCCGAGAAAUACGCUAAAGAAUCCCUGGAGGAGGAGGAUGACUCUGAUGAGGACAACAUGUAAACACAGUGUUGCAAACCUCCCUGUUUUUCCAUUUCACUGACUGUGUACCAUGUUUCCGACAUCCUGGCAACUCUCAACUUUCCGGCAGACAAUAAAAUGUUUUUUAUGCUUUGUAAUAGACUAAUGUAAUCCUAUGUUUCCCUUUUUGUUGACUUGACAAUAAAUAUGAUUUAUAAAAGAGAA